UAUUGAGUAAUUCCCUGCAGGAGCAUUAAUACCACUUUGCCAAUGAUUGUCAGCAAAAUGUUUCAAGAACCAGUUGAGACGAGACAAAGCCUGCGUCGCAUGUUGCUGAUAGUUGCAUUCAUUGCAUUUGUCCAAGACCUGAGCAGCGAGGGAGGAGCACAGGCAUGGACCUACAACCACAGCACCACUCCGAACCGCAGAUGGCUUGAGGCCCGCGAGUGGUGCCUUAAGCACUUCACAGACAUGGUGCCCAUCCGGAGCCGGGAGGAGAACGACUUCAUGAACACCGUGCUGCCGUUUAACCGAGGAUAUUACUGGAUAGGCAUCGGCAAAGAGGGAGAAAAGUGGGUCUGGAAAGAAACCCAUGAGAGGGUGCCCAAAGAUGCUCAGAAUUGGGCGUCGGAGGAGCCAGAUAACAUAGAAGCUCAGGACUGUGUGGAGAUUUACAUUAAGAGGGAGAAAGACACGGCCAAGUGGAACAAUGAGAGCUGUAAAAAGAAGAAGGGAACCAUCUGCUACACUGACUCGUGUACAAAGGACUCCUGCAGUACCAAUGCAGACUGUGUGGAGACCAUUGGAAACUAUGCCUGCCGGUGCCAUCCUGGUUUCCUGGGGCCACGGUGCGAAGAGGCAAUCGCAUGCCCACCCUUGCUGGAUCCAGAACGAGGUUCUCACAACUGUUUCCAUCCCCACGGGUCCAAUCGUUUCAACUCUUCCUGCCGUUUCCACUGUGAACUCGGCUUUCAGUUGGUCGGCGUGUCACGACUCCGAUGCCAAGCCAGCGGACGGUGGAACCACCCCGCCCCUCUGUGUCGAGUCGAACGGUGUCCAGUUCUGAACCCCACCAGCGUCGGUGCAGGUAGUCUGAACUGCAGCCACCCCAUCGCCCCUUACAGCUACAACUCCACCUGUGGGGUCAGGUGUGAUGAGGGCUACGAGCACAGCGGGCCUGACCAGAUACGCUGUGACCUCAUCGGCCAGUGGACGGCCAGUGUCCACGCAUGUACAAUUAAAAAGUGCUCCCCCAUUUCCUUUCCUGCCACGGGCAACGUGACCUGUGUGAAUCUGGAUGCUCCGGAGCCUUUCUCCUUUGGCUCGCGCUGUAACUUCACCUGCCAGGAAGGCUACCACCUGACCAGAGAGGACACAGUCACCUGUCUGGCCUCGGGACAAUGGAGCAACCCGACCCCUACAUGCGCAGUGGUGCAGUGCAGCAGUUUGAAGGCUCCACCUCAUGCCUCCAUGCAAUGCCAUGACCCUUUAGGAAAGUACAGCUAUGGCUCAAUAUGCACUUGGCAAUGUGAAGAAGGAUUUGAUCUGAUUGGCACAAACGUGACGACAUGUUCUUCACAGGGCAACUGGAGUUGUGCACUUCCUGUUUGCCUGGCUAAGCGGUGUGACCCAAUAGAUCCUCCUCAUGGCUCCCUAAACUGUUCUGACCCAAAUGGUUCCUUCAGUUUUGGUUCUGUGUGCACGGCAGCCUGUGACGAGGGCUUUCUACCGAAUGGGACAGCCGGCCCUGAGUGCACCUCCCUGGGCACGUGGAGCGCAGACUUACCACAUUGCCUGGCGAAGACAUGUCCGACCCUGAGCUCUUCCUCUCACGGCUCCUUAGGCUGCUCUGAUCCUCAUGGAGAGUUCAGCUUUGGUUCACGGUGCACGUCAGCUUGUGAGGAGGGUUUUCUCAUGAAUGGGACGGCUGACACAGAGUGCACCUCGCUGGGCACGUGGAGCGCACACAUCCCACAUUGCUUGGCUAAAAGAUGUCCCGCUGUGAGCUCUCCCUCUCACGGCUCCUUAGGCUGCUCUGAUCCUCAUGGAGAGUUCAGCUUUGGUUCACGGUGCACGUCAGCUUGUGAGGAGGGUUUUCUCAUGAAUGGGACGGCUGACACAGAGUGCACCUCGCUGGGCACGUGGAGCGCAGACUUACCACAUUGCCUGGCGAAGACAUGUCCGACCCUGAGCCCUUCCUCUCACGGCUCCUUAGGCUGCUCUGAUCCUCAUGGAGAGUUCAGCUUUGGUUCACGGUGCACGUCAGCUUGUGAGGAGGGUUUUCUCAUGAAUGGGACGGCUGACACAGAGUGCACCUCGCUGGGCACGUGGAGCGCACACAUCCCACAUUGCUUGGCUAAAAGAUGUCCCGCUGUGAGCUCUCCCUCUCACGGCUCCUUAGGCUGCUCUGAUCCUCAUGGAGAGUUCAGCUUUGGUUCACGGUGCACGUCAGCUUGUGAGGAGGGUUUUCUCAUGAAUGGGACGGCUGACACAGAGUGCACCUCCGUGGGCAUGUGGAGCAGAGGAAUACCCCACUGUCUGGCGCAGCCAUGCCCUCUACUGGCCAAAGCUCCACAACAUGGGAGGAUAAAUUGCAGUCAUCCAUACGCCUCUUUCAGCUAUGACUCCCACUGUGACUUUGAAUGUAAUGAGGGCUUCCGGCGGAGAGGAACACCAACUCUGACGUGCAACAACUCCGGUCACUGGAGUCAAGAUCUACCCACAUGCCAACCUGUCCAGUGUGAAGCCAUUCGGGCCUUGCCUCUAUCACUGUCGAUGAACUGCUCCCAUCCUUUGGGGAACUUCAGCUUCAGGUCCCAGUGUCUCUUCUCCUGUGAAGAGGGGUUCUCCCUGAAUGGCACAGAGGUGCUGCUCUGCUCCUCCUCCGGGUUUUGGAACGACAGCCGGCCUAACUGCACAGGCAUUCUAGUGCAGAGGGCGGCAUUGCUGCUGUCUGUGGGUAUCGGAGCCUUGGUCGCCGUGCCGCUUGUCCUCCUUGGACUGGCUUUGAUUAUAAUGCGAUUUAAGAGAAGAGGAAAAACAAACAUGUCUGAUGCACCUGCGUGGGGAGACAGAGAGAAUCCAGCAUUUGAUUUUGAGACUUGAUUUUUAUUUUAUUUUUUUCAAUAAAUACUUUUGAAAUAUUGCCGCCUAUUGCUGGCUGUUACAAUAUUAAUCCUGGUAGUUAUUGUAUGAUAAUGGUACCAUACCUUAACUGUGAUUUUAAAUUUAACAUUUUUGCUUGAAAAAUCUUCCCAUUUUCAGUUUUAAAAGACAUAAAAUAAAAUGUGCUUGUAUAUUGCUUGAUUUUUAAUAAACAAAUAGAAACGUCCUGAA